AUGGAGAAGGCAAAGCAAGCAGGUGGUUUAUCUUCGUCCAUUACUAUGGAUGAUCUCUUUGGUCUCGGAAUCUCUUCAAAAUCUUCAUCCUCAUCUACUACCCUCUUUGGAUCUAUUUUUGGGCCACCUCCUCCCGCGGUAUACGGGAAAAACUCCUCUCAUUCCGAUAUUAUAAGUUUAUCGGGAAAGAAAGAUUUGGAAAGUGAACGGGGAACUUCAGAUUAUAUGGCCAUGGGAGAAUUCAAGAAAGACAGGACUUCAGUCGAGGAGAAUGGAACAAAUAUUGAACCGGGUUACUUCAACUCUUCCAUAUACUAUGGUGGCCAAGAAGUUUAUUCUCCAACAAGCCAGAAGAACAUUUUCAAGAAAGAUGGAGAAAAAUUAGAUUCAAAUGAAAACGGCUCUCACAGCGCCUCCAGAGGAAAUUGGUGGCAGGAUAAGAUAGUUAAUGCAGGAUCUCUAAUUCUUAUCAGGAUCUCUAUAUUACUCAGGAUUAUAAGACUAAUAUAUUUAACCUUUGCAACGAGGAACACGAGAAGAUUAAAAAGUAGAUCCUAA